UAAACGUGACGUAAGUAGUUGCUAUCAAACAACAGUAUGGUUGACAUGAAGUGAAGGGGAAAAAAGGUUUGUAAAUCAUGUCAAAAAGUAAUGCAGAUGUCGAUUAUAAUUUCUUCGACACACCUAGGGACGACGAACAGGUUCAGGUUCAUCAUGUUCCACAUGUGAUUGUUAAGAAUCGUCCCCCUCAAAAAGGGGGAACAAAAAAUGGACACAUUUCUUCCUCUGGCUCUGACUCCUACACCAGUGACAGCUUGACCGAUUCAAGUGGCAGUGAUGAUGAGACUGCAAGGAGCAAGGGGAAAAAAAGUUACAGUAAAAAUAAACCAGUAGUUGUGUCAAAGAAAUAUUCAGAAUCUGGAAGUUCUAGUGCAUAUUCGUAUGGUUCAUCAGAUGAAGAUUUUGAAGAUGAUGACAGUCCCCGUAAGAAAAAUACGAAAAGUGUUUCAUCAAGUAAGAGUCAAAAAACGCAGGCUUGGGAAAUUAAUGGUUCAUCAAAUAACAAUAAUGAAACAAGACCGAAAUCUGCAAAAUUCAGGAAUAGAUCAAAAGAAGAGUCGACUAGACAUUCAAAAUCUGAUUCAGACAGUGAAAUAACAGAUGUUUCACCAUUAAAUUCUCCACGUUCAACACCUAGUAGGUCACAAAAACAAGGACUCAACAAUGUGCAAUAUACCUCAUCACAAACACAGUCAGGGGAUGGCGAAAUAAAACUACAGAGUGAUAAAAUUGAUCUUAGAUUGUUAAUGGAUGCUGUAUCAGAAAUAGACAAACAAGAGAGACUGAAAUCAAAUACCAGAAGAGUAAUGUUUGAACCUCCUAAUUCUAAAGGAGGACAGAAAAAUCAUUAUUCAUUUGAUAAAAGUCGUAUAUCAGACAUUGAAAAGGAGAACCAAAGACUUUUACGACAAAUAAUGCAACAAAUAGGACCAAAACAAAAGCGACAGCAACCCAAAAUUCAACAUCAAGUUCCGAGAGUUGAUAGACUGACAUCCUCAGCAGUUAACAGGAGAAAACAACAAACAAAAAUAGAAGAAGAAAAUAUGAAAUUUCUCAAUAGAUUGCAGAAAGCAAAGGCAUCCAGGGGAUUGUCAAGAAAGGAACAAUUAGAUGAGUAUUCCAGAGCAACAUUAUAUGGUGUGCCGAUAGCUGCAGUGCAUGAGCAGAUGGAGCAAGAAAGGCUCGACUCAACUUACAUGAGAAGUGCAAGUAGUCUCAACUCAACACUUGGAAUCACACAAGGUAGAAGGUCAAGGCCAACAAGUGCAAAAUCUAAUGCCAGCUCAAUUCGCCCAGGAAGUGCUAAAUCUACAUUGUCUACAGCUAGCCGUGUAAGCCGUGGUUGCAGACCAGGCAGUGGUAAAGUGUACAGACCUACAGACAGUCAUCCAGCUUGGGAUGGUCGUCCGGCAUGGGAUGAUAGAUUUUCAUAUUCAUAAUCACUUUAAAUAUUUAUUAACAAUCUAUUGUCAUAUUGUUGGCGCCAUUUUUCAUUUUUACUCAAAUAAUUGUAAUAAACUGAAUUACACCUGGGACAUUUGGGAGAUGUGUUUAAUACUUAAAAUGUGAAGGAAUGCAAAAAAUGAGCAGAAAAAAAGCAACCUCAAUGAAUACUUGGUGGCUAGUUAUUCAGAGUGCUUAAGUACGUGUUAAUAUAUUAGAAUUAGUAGUUUUUUUCUUUAUACAAUUUUUGAUUUUUAUACAAAUUAAAGUUGAUCAGUACGUUUGUACUAAAUGGCAAUCUGAAUCUGUUUAUAUUAAACCUGAUUCAGUAGGUAUUGCUAGGUAAAUGGCAUGACAGAACUGUAAUAAAAGUCAAUGAAGUAAAACCCAUGCAUGGUCUACUUAGCAUUUACAAGUACCAGAAUACUUUUAUUUCACAAGUUUUAAAAAAGCAAUGUUACAAUGAAUUUCAUUAAAUGAUCAUAAAAGAAUUUGGUGCAAGUUUUUUUUCAGUACAGAAAAUUUCUUUAAAUUUUUUUUUCAAGUCUCAGAAAUUUAUUAUUCAUAUAUACAUGAUAUAUAUUCAUUAUUGGCUGAUCAAAUCUUGUGAAAAGAUGACAAGAUUUGAUUUUAAAUACAAUUUUUUACAUAGAAAAGAGUAGUUUCAAUUUUAUUAUGGUAAAUAUGCCAUUAUUGUUUGUAUAUAUAAAUAUAUUUUGUCUUUAUGAAGUUUGUCUCAAAUUGCUCAUUGAAAGUAGAUUAGGAUUAUUUCUAUUAGAAUGUUGGAUGUGUAAAUUGUAAUUGAUAUGUAUGUGGCAUUUUGGAUCACAAUCUAGACAGUCCAAUGUCAGUUGUCUAUAGUAAUAGUUAAAUUUGGUGUAUUGUUUAAUGUUACCCAGUAUUUAUACAUAGAACAUGUUUGUUUUUUCAAACUUAAACAGUUUGAUACACAAAAAAAGCACUUAUUAUUAAUGCAGUAGAAGUUUAUAAUUUGAAUAUGAAUUUUAAUUCCCAUGUGGAGUUAAAUAUUUACACAGGAUUUGUACAAUUCAAUAAAAUUUCCAUUUUUAUUGAUUUUGAAUUGAUUUUAUGCUGAUUGAAUAGUUUGUUAUGAAAUAUUGAUAUUUUGUAAGCAGUUAUCAUAUUAGUUAUGUCUAUUGUUAAAAAUAAGGUUAAAUGUAACAAGCAACUUAAAAAUAAAGGUUAACUUUUAUAGGUGAACUUUUUUUUUUAUAAAGACAAAAAAAGUUUACCCUUGUAUACAGAAAAAUGGUUAUAAACAUGAUAUAAAGGAAUUAGUUCAAUUUCUAAAAGUUGAUAACAGAUCUACAUUAAACGUAAUUGAAUUGAGAUUCAUACCCCCACCCCCUUUCUUUGUAGUUAAAAUGUACUAAACAAUAGAAAUAGUUAUUUUUAUUACAAAUUUUUAAAUAAAAUUGUCUGUAAGUAAUAAUGGAUAAUUUUUCAUUUCAUAGUUAUAACACUAAUUGUAAGAUUUUAAUGAAAAUGUUACAAAUCCUUAAAAUGUAAGCUUAGUCGUUUUUUUCCUUAUGAAAAUAUCUAUUGAAAAUGCAAAGGAGCUUUUUUCAUAUAUAGUAUAGAAAUUUAUGUAUAUCAGUGAAAAGACAUAUAACACUUAAAAGGAGACUGAAAUAGGCUUAGAACUUACUUUUCUAAAUUGUUCAGUUUGUAUGAUGUUUGUAAAGUAAAAUGUAGAAUGGUUUACAUAUUUUGUUGUUUUAUAUGUAAACAGAAAUUUUGAUAAGAUUGAAAGAAUCUAGUGAAUCUAUUGUUCUGUCUCAGCUUGUAGAUAUUAUUAAAGAGAAAAAGACAAAA